AUGACCUUACUAUUGGGCCCGCCAUCCUCUGGAAAGACAACACUCCUACAGGCAUUGGCUGGAAAGUCAGACUCUAGUUUAAAGGUUGAAGGUAAAGUAACAUACAAUGGACAUACACUAAAAGAAUUUGUGCCACAGAGGACAUCUUCAUACGUUAGUCAACAUGAUGUUCAUGUAGCAGAAUUGACGGUUAAAGAAACUCUUGACUUUUCUGCAAGGUGCCAAGGAACGGGAUCUCACAAUGAGGUAAUGCUUACUGAGCUUACAAGACUAGAGAAGUCAGCUGGUAUAACUCCAGAGCCUGACGUUGAGCUUUUUAUGAAGGCUAUUGCUACUGAAGGAGCUGAUGGCAACUUGAUAACCGACUACAUUCUUAAGAUAUUGGGACUUGAUGUAUGCCGAGACACUAUUAUUGGGAAUGAAAUGAUUAGAGGAAUAUCCGGAGGACAGAAAAAACGUGUCACAACAGCGGAGAUGAUAGUGGGACCUACAAAAACACUAUUCAUGGAUGACAUAUCAACUGGGCUAGACAGUUCAACAACAUUUCAAAUAGUAAAGUGUUUGCAGCAGAUAGCGCACCUGACAGAAGCCACCAUCUUAAUGUCUCUACUCCAACCAUCCCCCGAGACCUUUGAACUCUUUGAUGACAUCAUCCUCUUAUCACAAGGCCAAAUCGUUUAUCAGGGCCCACGAGAUCAUGUUCUUGAGUUUUUUGAAAGCUGUGGAUUCAGAUGUCCGGAAAGAAAGGGGCAUGCUGACUUUCUUCAAGAGGUGACCUCAAAGAAGGAUCAGGAACAAUAUUGGGCAGAUAGAAGUAUAGCAUACACGUAUAUUUCCGUAUCUCAGUUUUCUGAGUUAUUCAAAAAAUUUCAUGUGGGUCAAUGUCUACAAGACGAGUUAUCAGUACCGUUCAACAAAGCCACGAGCCAUAAAUCCGCUCUAGUGUUAAAGAGAUACUUGGUCCCAAAGAAAGAAUUGUUUAAGGCCUCUUUCCAAAAAGAAUGCUUAUUAAUGAAGAGAAAUUCAGUUGUGUACAUUGCAAAGAUGGUACAGAGCACAAUUGUAGCAUUUAUUGGAGCAACAGUAUUCUUGAAGACUAAUAUGCACACCAAAAAUGAAGAGGAUGGAGCAUUAUAUGUUGGUGCUCUUUUGUUUGGUUUGAUCACUAACACCUUCAAUGCUUUUGCUGAACUCCCAAUGGUCAUAGAGAGACUUCCUGUUAUUUAUAAGCAGAGGGACCUCCUUUACCACCCACCAUGGGCAUAUACUAUUCCGACUUUCCUCCUUGGCAUACCAAUUUCUAUGAUUGAAUCUACUGUGUGGACAGUCGUAACAUACAACAUAACGGGAUUUGCCCCUGAAGUAAGCAGGUUUUUCAAGCAAUUCCUGCUGACAUUUCUGAUCCAACAAAUGGCUGGGGGACUAUUCAGGUUCAUUGCAUCAGUAUGCAGGACCAUGACAAUUGCAAAUACCGGUGGAGUUCUUAUCGCAGAACUAGCUUUCCUUGUGGGUGGUUUCAUCCUUCCUAAAGGUCAAAUACCAAAGUGGUGGGGAUGGGCUUAUUGGGUUUCACCUUUCAGCUACGGAUUCAAUGCCUUAACUGUAAAUGAGAUGUUCGCGCCAAGAUGGAUGAACAGAUUGGCCUCUGAUAAUGCUACUGAACUCGGUGUAGCUGUGUUAAGGAUGAUUGAUGUCCCUCCAAAUAGGAACAUGUUUUGGAUUGGAGCAGGAGUUCUUCUUGGUUUUGCAAUUCUUUUCAACUUUCUUUUCACUUUGGCUCUCACAUACUUAACCCCACUCGGAAAGACACAAGCAAUUAUAUCUAAAGACAUCCUCAAGGAGAUGAAAGCCAAUCAUGCAAAAUCUAAAGAACUGUCACCCAUCAAUCGUGUUGCUUUAAACAAAGGAAUGGUUCUUCCAUUUACCCCACUUUCCAUGUCUUUCAGCAAAGUUAAUUACUCUGUAGAUAUGCCCGAAGAAAUGAUAGAACAAGGAGUCAAAAAGGUCAAACUUCAGUUACUCCGGGAUAUCACCGGUGUAUUUAGGCCCGGUGUUCUGACAGCGUUAAUGGGAGUAAGUGGAGCUGGAAAAACAACAUUGAUGGAUGUAUUAGCAGGAAGAAAAACUGGUGGUUUAAUUGAAGGAGAUAUAAAAAUAUCAGGAUUUCCUAAGAAACAAGAAACUUUUGCGAGGGUUUCAGGAUAUUGUGAGCAAAAUGACAUCCACUCGCCUCAAGUCACUGUCCAUGAAUCUCUAACUUUCUCAGCUUUCCUUCGUCUACCUAAGGAAGUUACCACAGAAGUAAAAAUGCUUUUUGUGGAUGAAGUUAUGGAUCUAGUGGAACUAAACGACCUUAAAGACUCAAUUGUAGGGAUUCCAGGUGUUAGUGGUUUAUCAACUCAGCAGAGAAAGAGACUGACGAUUGCAGUAGAGCUUGUUGCUAAUCCUGCAAUAAUAUUUAUGGAUGAACCAACGUCGGGGCUUGAUGCAAGGGCAGCAGCAAUUGUAAUGAGGACAGUAAGGAAUACGGUGGACACAGGAAGAACCGUGGUUUGCACAAUUCACCAGCCUGGCAUUCAUAUUUUCGAAGCUUUUGAUGAGCUCCUACUGCUGAAAAGAGGAGGACAAGUAAUAUACUCAGGACCCUUGGGCCAAAAUUCAGUAAAAGUAAUCAACUACUUUGAGAAAAUUCCUGGCGUUCCGAAAAUGAAAGCCCUGUGCAAUCCAGCAACAUGGAUGCUGGAAGUGAGUUCAGAAGCUGCAGAAUUCCAGCUUGGAAUUGAUUUCUCAGAGCACUACAAAUCAUCACUCUUAUAUAAAAGAAAUGCGGGUCUGGUGAAAGAGUUAAGCAUGCCUCCUUCAGGGGCUAAAGACAUGACUUUCAAAACUAUGUAUUCACAGUCCAUGUGGGGCCAGUUCAAGUGUUGUAUGCAGAAACAAUGGUGGCGGUAUUGGAGAACCCCAGAUUAUAACCUAGUAAGAUUUUUCUUUGCCUUGGUUACUGCUCUCUUGCUGGGGACAAUCUUUUGGAAAGUUGGCACAAAAAGGAGUAACAGUACUGAUUUGACUACUAUGAUUGGUGCAAUGUACGUUGCUGUGAUGUUUGCUGGAUUUAACAAUUGUGUAACAAUACUUCCAGUUGCCUCUUUUGAAAGAACAGUGUUUUAUCGAGAACGGGCUGCUGGGAUGUACUCUUCCUUAUCAUACGCCAUGGCUCAGGUACUUGUCGAGAUACCUUUUGUGCUUGUUCAAACCAUGUACUAUACUCUUAUAGUAUAUGCCAUGGUAAGCUUCGAAUGGACUGUGGCCAAAUUCUUCUGGUUCUUCUUCAUCAGCUUCUUUACAUUUCUAUACUUCACAUACUACGGGCUGAUGAUAGUAUCAAUCACCCCGAACCACCAAGCUGCGUCCAUCUUUGCAGCUGCAAUUAACGUGCUCUUUAAUCUCUUCUCUGGAUUCUUCAUCCCACGACCGAAAAUCCCGAAAUGGUGGAUGUGGUACUACUGGAUUUGCCCACUACAAUGGACAAUUCAGGGACUAAUCAUUUCACAAUACGGUGAUUUGGACGAAACCAUUAAGGUGCCUGGGAUGUCGGAUGACCCAAAAAUUAAAUGGUUUGUUGAAAGCUACUUCGGAUAUAACACGGAUGGUAUCGGAUCAGUCGCUACGAUUAUAGUUGUUUUCACAGUCUUUUUUGCAUUAAUGUAUGCAUAUUGUUUACGCAAACUGAAUUUUCAAAUCAGAUAGACAUAAACCGAACUUCUAAUUAGAAGUUACUUGAAAAUGA